UAAUUGGAAGUUUCCUUGUUAUUCAUAAGUAUACUUUUAAUGUUUACAGACUGAUAUCAGGCCCCGGAAGACACUACAUCGUACACUCACGCAAGAUGAAGAAGAUGACCUUGUAGCGUGGUUAAGAGAGAACUCGUUCCUCUUCGACAAAUCAUCCGCAGGAUUCAAGUAUAAGGAGAAGAAGAACAGUACAUGGGCCGCGAAAGAGGCAGAGUUGGGCCUCAAACCUGGAGACCUGUCGUCAAUCUGGUACACGAAUAUGAGAACACAGUAUUCGAAACUAAUUAAGCUUACCAACAAAUCUGGAUCUGGUGCUGGAGAGCGCACAGCAAGGCAACAGUGGAUUUUGGACAACUUUGAAUUCCUGCGCCCUUAUCUGGUACAGCUGCGAACUCAGAGGGGAUCCAAAUUUGCGGAGAAGAGAAAGGAACUUGUCUUGGAGGAGACAGAGGAUGAUGUCGCCGCCUCCGAUUCGUCAGCACCCUCUACAUCAGCAGUAUCUGGUUGCCGUCCCAAAGCAGCGCGUGUACUGUCCUCAUUGACGUCCGAGUUGGAGUCCGUGCGUGGUGCCAUCACAGUUGCGCAAGAUCCAGCAGCACACACUGGCCAGUUUUUGGUGUAUUUGAUGCGCCAAAUGGACCAGCAGAGAAUGAAUGUGUUUGUCACACGUGCAACAAGGCUGGCUCUGGACCUUGCGGAGGAAAGCCAAGAGGAGAAGAGACGACUAGCCACCCAAGAGGCAGCAGGGCAUGUAGGUCAACAGAUAGCAGAUCCAGUUUUUGCCAUGCCUGUCCCUCCCGCUCCUACAUCAUCUAUAUACAGAAGACAGGCUCCCAUAUCAGCGGCGUUCGGCUCAGCAUGGCAGCAGAAUCAGUUUCAGCAACAGGAUCACAUGCAGCAGGAUUUUCAGCUAGCUACCAAUAUAGCUGCAUCUGCACCACCAGCCCAUCUUACACCACUGCUGAAAAGUUUUACUCACCUGCAACCACCAAAUGUGCAGGCAAUCUUGCAACAGCCUACAUGUGCUUACAGGUCCAUUACACCCGCCAUAGAAACCCCAACCACGACUGCAUCUAUCAUCCGCCAGGCUAUGGAUAUGGUCUCGACACCAAAUAGUUCCCCCAUCCUAACCCAGGAGAUGCAUGACGCACCCAAGGACUGAACAAAGUAACUGGAAAAUGGUUGAACCAGCCAAGUGAUUUGAUGAUGUGAUUUUACUCAAGUUUAUGUGCAUUGUGAAUUUAGUUUUUCGACGUUUUGGUUUUUACUUUGAAUAAAGGUUAAAUAGCCUCAUUCUUGAUAAAUAUUACUGUUGACUGUUGAGUCUUCUUAAGUAAAUCAAUGUAAACUGUUCGUAAAAUUUGUUUGGAUAGCAAUUUAUCUUACUUAGAAACUUAAUUAGCUUACUUUUGGCAUAAGGCAAAAUAACCCUGUUAUUAUGUAGGUUUCUGUCAGUAUUAAAAGUUGAACUUAAAUGUGUAUUGUUAUAACAAAACAAGGCUGGUCAUGCUGGUAGCAAUUACUUAAGAAUACAUGUAUUCUAAAAUUUAAUAUUUUUCUUCAGCCCCUAAACAAUUAAUCAAUCAAUUAAAAGUGAGCGUUGUGUUCUGGUAGUUAAAACGUUCGACCUUAUGAAGAGAUGUCUGCUACCGCAACUUGUCCUAUACGUGUAGGUUAUAGUUCAUAUAAUGGAAAAAUAACCAAAUUUAAUACAAGCGAGCGAAGCGAAGCGCCGUAUUAAGUUUGUUUAUUUUUCCAUUAUAUGAACUAUGACCGACUUAUAGUUAACCCCGCCCACUAUCAUUCCUGUGCCUUCAAUUAAAGUCAUGUGAUCGGGGGAAAAUCACGCCAUCCGUAUACAGCGCGCCAAUUGGUUGAACGGUAACUUGGAUAAGUCGUUAUCGAUUCAAAAUGACGUAACUACCGCUUGAUAAAGCAGAAGUGACGUCAUUUUGAAUCGACACUUCUGUCGUUCCAGACAGUAGGCUGGGCUUGCUAUUUGGCGCGCGCCAUGUCUGCUGACCUAGUUAUAAUACGAACUUAUUUGUGCAGAAGUGUUCUUAUAUGGAACAUAUUCGAGCAGAAAUUUGAAAAAUCUCUGGACGGUGAUUGGCUCAGAAACUAGGGUGAACUAUAAAUGAAAGUUGUAAAUUACUGGUAUGUGGCUAUUUCUUGUUGCCGACUUAGGUCAUGUUCUAAGUUAACUCACCACCGUGAUAUGAUUGAAAUACUUCGAAAAAGGGCAUAAAAUCAAGAAACAAACAAUCAACUCUAUUGUAUAUACAUGUAUACUUGAA